AUGAGUCAACCAAAUAAAAAAAUCACCAAGGCCAGGAUAGAAGGCAUAAAAAGCGCCGACCUGGAGGUAUUCAAGAAUUCCUUAAUGCCCUUUAACGCUACAGUAGAGAAGUACAAGGAUAAAGAAGAAGCAGCCAUAGUGACAUUCAAGGCGGGCAUAGAAAAGAAGCACCUAGACGGAAUCGGAAAAUAUACCGUUGUGCCUAUGGAAUUCGAAGGCGAGUCCAGCGAUCAGAAUUUGAGAAAGCGAAACACGAAUUUUAUUUGUGAUCGGAUCGUGGUAGAUGAGCAUGACAUUAUCAAGUUUUUCCUAAACACCACGCUAAUCGCGCCCGUUAUAUUUGUCUUACUAAGUCUCUUGAUAUUCUUUUCAAUUUUCUGA